AUGACUCUCAAGUCGGGCCUCACAGGUGCCGAGAUUGCGAAACACAAUGAUGCCAAGUCGUGCUGGGUCAUUGUGCACGGCAAGGCCUACGAUGUGACCGAGUUCCUGCCUGAACACCCUGGCGGCCAGAAGAUCAUCCUGAAGUACGCAGGCAAGGACGCCACCGAAGAAUACGAGCCCAUACACCCUCCCGACACCCUCGACAAGUACCUCGACAAGUCCAAGCACCUCGGCCCCGUCGACAUGGCCUCUGUCGUCGUCGAGACCAAGGAGGAGGAUCCCGACGAGGUGGCCCGCCAGGAGCGCUUCAACCAGCGUCCCCUGCUCGAGCAGUGCUACAACCUCAUGGACUUUGAGGCUGUCGCGCGCCGUGUCAUGAAGAAGACGGCCUGGGGCUACUACUCGUCUGCUGCCGACGACGAGAUGACCCUGCGCGAGAACCACGCCGCCUUCCACCGCAUCUGGUUCCGCCCACGCAUCCUCGUCGACGUCGAACACGUCGACUUCUCCACGACCAUGCUCGGCACCAAAGUCGACAUGCCCUUUUACGUGACGGCCACGGCCCUCGGAAAGCUGGGCCACCCCGAGGGCGAGGUUGUCCUGACGAGGGCCGCCGCCAAGCACAAGGUCAUCCAGAUGAUCCCGACCCUCGCCUCGUGCGCCUUUGACGAGAUGCUCGACGCCGCCGCCGCCGACCAGGUCCAGUGGCUGCAGCUGUACGUGAACAAGGACCGCGCCAUCACGCGCAAGAUUGUCGAGCACGCCGAGAAGCGCGGCUGCAAGGGCCUCUUCAUCACCGUCGACGCCCCGCAGCUCGGCCGCCGCGAGAAGGACAUGCGCAGCAAGUUCACCGACCCCGGCAGCAACGUCCAGUCCGGCCAGGCCACCGACACGAGCCAGGGCGCCGCGCGCGCCAUCUCGACCUUUAUCGACCCUGCGCUGUCGUGGAAGGACAUUGCCUGGUUCCAGAGCAUCACCAAGAUGCCCAUCAUCCUCAAGGGUGUGCAGCGCGUCGAGGACGUGCUGCGCGCCAUCGAGGCCGGCGUCCAGGGCGUCGUGCUGUCGAACCACGGCGGCCGCCAGCUCGACUUUGCGCGCAGCGCCAUCGAGGUCCUCGCCGAGACCAUGGCCGUGCUGCGCGAGCAAGGGCUCGAGAACAGGAUUGAAAUCUUCAUCGACGGCGGCGUCCGUCGCGCCACCGACAUGAUCAAGGCCCUGUGCCUCGGCGCCAAGGGCGUCGGCAUCGGCCGCCCCUUUCUCUACGCCAUGGCCGGCUACGGCUUCGAGGGCGUCGACCGCGCCAUGCAACUGCUGCGCGACGAGAUGGAGAUGAACAUGCGUCUCAUUGGGUGCACGAGCGUCGACCAGCUGAACCCUAGCCUCAUCGACAUUCGGAGUCUGUACGCCCACGGCAACGGCACGCCGGGCGACAACCUGGCCGGGGCUGUCUAUGAUCCGCUGGCGACGCCGGUGCAGAGGCCCAAGGCGCCCAAGUCCUCGAAGCUCUAG